UGUUUGUUGUACCUUGGAAAUAGUCUCUAUCCAAACAUUUUGUAAAUUUUAUUUGAUACAUUAGUCAUCCAAAAUUAACUCAAAUGGAAAAUACUACGUUAUAUAAAGAGCUCAACAAUAUUCCGUUGGCUGAUGAUGAUCCCCAAGCUGUCAUUCCGUCCGAUGGAGAGGAAGCAGGCGUAGAGCGCCAUUCAUUAGACUCUAUGUCUUCUCGUUUUACCAAUGAUAGCUCAGAGCAUCCCCUUUGUGAUGGAGAUAUCAACUUGGAUGAACAAGAAGAAAAGGCGCGUCUAAUAGCCCAAGUUAUGGAACUCCAAAACACUCUCGAUGAUCUCUCUCAACGUGUGGAUAGUGUUAAGGAAGAAAAUCUGAAGCUGAGGUCAGAAAAUCAAGUUUUAGGGCAAUAUAUAGAAAAUCUAAUGUCAGCAUCUUCAGUCUUUCAAUCAACAUCUCCAAAAAUUAAAAAAAAAUAAAUACUCUGGUCAAGCAAUUACGUGAGCCACCACAGCUUUUAACAAUUCAUCAUCAUUCUUUUUUAGCAUUAUAUUUAUAAUUUUGCCCACUAGUCUUAUUGACAAUAAAUUUCCACUGCACUGAA